AUCAAUUUUAAAAAAUCUUAACAAAAAAAAGUUAACAACUGGAGGAAAUCUGGAUAAGGAUACAUUGGAAUCCUUUGUACUAUUCUUGCAACUUAUUUGUAAGUUUGAAAUUAUUUCAAAAUAAAAGUAAAUCAGAAAAAAAAUCUAAAGACUUGUUCAAGAAAAAGAAACCUUUACUUUGCAAGGCUAUUAUGAGGAUUGUGCUAGGCACAGAGCAUUUGCUCCAUAGGUGAUGCCACUGUCAGCUAGAGAAAAGACGCACUUCUCACAAGAAGUCACAAGGGGGCAUCUGAAAACCAAGAAACAAGGUCUAGCACAGGGCUUCAGGGCCUGCAGUGCUGUGGAUGGGGAUUGUCCACCCUUCCUUACCCAGAAUGCACUCCUCAACCCAAAAGAAAGAGCAAGCUUUGUCUGUUGCAAACUGGGGAUUAGUCCAUUCACAAUAGACAAGGCUUUGGAGCACCUGAGAGCUAGCCUCUGCUCCUCCUGUUUGGGUGUGGAUUUCACAGCAGCUCUCGAGGGUCACUGCAUCCAUCACAACCAGGAUAUCUAGUCUGGAGACCUAUGAAGAGGCUCAUGAAUGUGACAGCAAUGGAGACACUACCAUAGAUGUCAACUCAAGGCCAUACCUGGGCCCGUCAGGUGAAGAAGGAGGAUGAGGAAGAGGACCCACUGGACCAGCUGAUCUCCCGCUCUGGCUGUGCUGCUUCCCACUAUGCAGUGCAGGAGUGCAUGGCCCAGCACCAGGACUGGCGACAGUGCCAGCCACAGGUGCAGGCUUUCAGAGACUGCAUGAGUGAACAGCAGGCAAGGCGGCGGAAGGAGCUGCAGAGGAGGAAAGAGCAAGACGAUGCCCACAGCUGAGACCCCAAACCAUCUAUCCCCAGAGGAUGGCCUACAGAAACUAGCACCCAGAGAAAUCCUGAACAGUGGAAGUGUGUGCCAAGAGGUAGAAAACUCUGGGAUAGUCUUUGGGAUUAGGGUUGAGAGGCAGGCAGCCAUGGGUUUGGACAUGACUGUCAUAAAGAAAGAAUUGUCAUAUUUUUAUGGUGAGACCCACACAUCCUCAUUCAUCUUGUUCCACGAAUAUUAAAUAUUGACCAAUAUUUGCCAUGUAAAAGAGUGGGGUUAAGGCAUGCUCUUCUAUCCUACAUCUCGGGGUCAGUGUGCCAAGUACUGAGCUGAUAACAUGGACAUUGAAUUUUAGAAGUAAAUUCACAAUCUAAAGGUAAAUGGGUUACCUAAUCAGGUCUUCAUUUAUUCAGUCAUUGGUUCAACAACCAAUGUUGAUCUUCUCAUGUGCCAGGCACUGUUGGAAACUGAUGUGAUAAAUAAUAUUAUUUCUGCCUUCAUGUUUAGCCUAGCUUGAGAGACAGAAAUAAAACAACAUUGGAACGUUAACUAAAUAAUUCCUGAUGAUGAUAUAAAUGACUUUAUCUUUGAUAA